AUGGCUAAUUUCUUUGUAAGAUAUUGGAAAACACUUGCUAUUACAAGUGUAUCAAUAACAUCAUUUUACUUAUUCUCUCAUUAUGAUUAUUCUCAAAUAAAUACUCAUUUAUUAUCUGUAUUAACAAUUCAAGCUGCAGAAUAUGAAAGACGCAAUGCACGAAAAGCAUUAUCGAAAAAUUCUAAGAUCCAACGAAGAAAAGAUAUUGACGAUGACAAUGAUGAUGAAGAAAAUGUCAAAGAUGAUUUGAAUAGAACAGAUAAAAGUGUUACAAAUAUUUAUGAAAGACGUUUUCAUGAUUUUGCCUCGAUUGAAUAUAAUGGAGAAAUAUAUAUGACACCAAUGGAUUUUCUUGAAUCAGUUGUUGCAGAACGACCUAGACCUCGUAUCGGUCGUCGACGAUUAACAGACGACAUUGUUAAUGCUAUUUUAUAUAGUACACCAUCAAAACAUCGAGGUUCAGAAAGAUUUUUUCGAAAUCUUGAAGAUGCUGGUCUUAUUUCAUGUGCGGAAUAUUUAUUUCUUUGGGUGAUUUUAACAAAACCUUCUACACAAUUCGAAAUAGCAUUUUCUGUAUUUGAUACAGAUGGUAAUAAACUGGUUGAUAAACAUGAAUUUCUUAUGUCUGAUAAUAGUCAACAAACAAAUACAACAUUACUUAGACAUUUCUUUGGUAAACAUGGUCACGAUACAUUGAAAUAUACAGAAUUCAAACGUUUUAUGGAAAAUCUUCAAAUGGAAAUACUUGAAAUUGAAUUUAACGGAUAUUCACAUGGUUUCAAAACAAUAUCAGAUUUAAGUUUUACUGAAAUUCUUUUACGCUAUACAAAUUUUGAUCAUGAUACAAAAAUAAUCAUAUUCGAAAAAGUCAAAAAACAUAGUGAUCAACAAAAUGCAAUUACAUUUGAACAAUUUAAACAAUUUUCUACAUUUCUUAAUAAUCUUGAAGACUUUGGUAUUGUUAUGUAUUUUCAUAAAUUAUCAAAUAAACCAAUCUCGCAAGCUGAAUUCCAACGAGCAGUAAAAAUUUCAAUGGGUUUUGAACUUGAAUAUCAUAUAAUUGCUCUUAUCUUUCGAAUAUUCGAUAUUGAUGAGGAUCAAUAUUUAAGCUAUGACGAAUUUAUGCCUGUAAUGAAAGAUCGACUUGCUCGUAUUUUUCAUACAUAUGAUGAUAGUAAUGUAUCGAACUCAAAAUUUGAUCAAUUUAAACGUUGUGUUCGUAAACGAGCUAAAGACAAUCCGAUAAUUGCUUUGAAUUAA